AUGACCUCCCUGAAAGAAGUUUCAGACCAUGAAAAUGCUGGGCCUGUACUUAAUGGACUUAAUGCUAAAAACGGACUUAGUGGUGAUGCUAAAGAGAUGGACAAAACAAGUAAAAACGUGUCCUCUCCGUUCUGCCGGCUCAGGGCCGGGGACGGGGCCUGCGCGUCUCUCCUGCCACCGCCAGGGGGCUGUGCCAGGUGCCAGGGCGUCUCCGGCCGUGCUGACACAAGCGUAGAGGGUGAAAAGCAAUAGUUGAGCCGGGCCGUACGAAGUUCACGGGAGUUUAUUAAGGGACUCUGUGAACCUGAACUAGAAGAAAAGGAGUACUACCCAAAGGACAUGCACUGCAUCUUUGUUGGUGCACAGAACCUGUUUCUCAACAGUCUUAUUCAGGAUACCUGUGCUGAUAUAACAGUCCUGGAAAUAGGAUUGCUCAGUAUUAAGGGAGGUGCAGAAGCUGUUGUUAUGGCUCAAAGUCACAUUCAGCAGUUUGUGAAACUUUUUGAGAAUCAUGAAAACUUUACAAGUGACAAUGAAUCGGAGAUUAAAAAGCAAUUCAGACAAUUUGUGGAAGCACAUGCUGAUAAAUACACAAUGGAUUUACUGAUUUUGCCUAGUUCACUAAAAAAAGAACUCCUAGCUCUCACACAAACUGAAUGUUGUGAAGCAGAGAAAGAUAUCAUAGAUCUUACAGGUUCUGACAUCCCAACAGAGCUUUUACAGACCAAAACCUCCAAAGUAAUCGCUACAGACAGAGAUGGAAGAGCAGGUGGUGAGGAAGCAAGAAACAGUGCUGGGACACCUGUAACUGAGCUUACAAAACAAAUGGACACUGUGUUUUCUGAUUCUCCUGAAACAAGUUUUGUUCCCAUAAACGUGCCUCUGUUAGAGGCAGUGGCAUCUAAAGAAAGGCAGUCAUGUAAAAGAAGAUCUUCUGAUGAUGAGGAAAGGCUCCCUAAAAAGCAGUUCUCUUUGGAAAAUGACCAGGAAGUGAAAUCCACCUCACGCAAUAAUUCCUCAGACAGGAAUGAAGUUAUUGAUCUGCUUUCUGAUAGCUGCAGUGACUCAGAUGAUCCCAGUUAUUGCCUUAAAGAAGGUGAUGAUAUUAGUGAGGAAAUGGAAUAUAAGAUUCUUGUCAACUUUUUCAGAACAAUGGGAUAUUCCCAAAAUAUUGUAGAAAAAGUUAUUGGUAUCCUAGGACAAUCUGUGGAACCGUUAAUAUUACUAGAAGAAAUUGAAAAGGAAAAUCUAAAAUUUCAGAAAGAACAUGAACACUCAUCUCAAAAGCCCAGAACUGUCAAUCCUCCUUUAGGAAGUAAUGCAAAUAAUUCACAAAAGCUGGAAGACAAAGGCAUUUCUAGAAAUAGAAGUGCACUUCAAUCUGGCCAUACUUCAAAGGAGACAAAAAAUGAGUAUCACAGAGAUAUCAAAAAAGCUGCACCAAGCAUGCAAGCUGAUGCAGAAGAUAAAAUGCAUAUGUUGGUAUGCAAACCUGCCUCUCCUUCCAGUAAAAAUUCUGCUGUAUGCCGUAAACAAAGAGAUGUUUAUUGCCCUGGUAGGAAUCACAGUUCAAGGUCCAGUGAUACAGAAACUGAUGGUGGUGUCAUUUUAGGCACCAUACAAGCUGGAGCUCUAAAAGAUGUUGAUUUUGUAGCCAGAGGGAGCUCAGAUGUGCAAUGUAUCUCACCUAAGACUAAAACUAUAGUUCAGCAAAAAUCUGCAAGGCCAUCAGCUCUACCGAACAGUCAUCCUGUUUUCGAGGACCAAUUAGGACACUGCAGCUCUUCUUAUCAAGUGAGAUCUCUCAACCAACGAUUUUCCCAAACCUCAGACUUUGAAAAUCCUAUCCCAGACCAGGUAUUGUCUUCACAAAUACAUACUUCAAAUCCUGAUGGAGAGACAGUGGGACCACACAGACAUCAUCCUGAUCCUUCAGUUACUGGAGUUCAAAGGUUUCUGGAAUCUCUGAAAAAGCCAUACCGACUGGAGCUGAAAAAUGAACCCGGGAAACCGUAUUUAAAACAUAUCAUUAUUGAUGGAAGUAAUGUUGCAAUUUCUCAUGGUCUUAGGAAAUUCUUCUCCUGUCGAGGAAUUGCAAUAGCUGUUGACUACUUUUGGAAACGUGGCCACAGAAAUAUUACUGUAUUUGUUCCACAGUGGAGAACAAGACGUGAUCCUUUCAUUACAGAGCAGGAUUUCUUAACACAGCUCCAGGAUGUUGGAAUAUUGUCCUUAACGCCUGCGAGAAUGGUUUUAGGAGCAAGAAUUGCUGCUCAUGAUGACAGAUUUUUAUUACACCUUGCUGAUAAAACUGGAGGUGUUAUUGUGACUAAUGAUAACUUCAGAGAAUUUGUGACAGAAUCACUUGCCUGGAGAGAAAUUAUUCAAAAAAGGUUGCUCCAGUACACUUUUGCUGGUGACAUAUUUAUGGUUCCUGAUGACCCUUUGGGAAGAAAUGGACCUAGAUUAGAUGACUUCCUUCGAAAUGAAGGCUCUUCUAGAGAUUUUAGGUCAGCACAGAAGGCUUUACAGAGCAGUGGACAAUAUUCUUCUGAGAUGCCUCUCUUCGUGCCAGUCCCCAAAGCAACCUGUAGCAGUCAUCAGACUAAGAACAGAGUACCUGGUGAUCAUUCAUCGCCACAGCUUCCGCUGGAGGCAGAGAUACAGGCUUGUCUGGCAAUUCCACCACAGAGAUCUCCCUCUGAAACAGCAGAGCUUAGAGAAGCCCUGAUUAAAAUUUUUCCUGAUCAUGAGCAAAGACAGAAGAUUAAUCAAAUACUAGCUGAUCAUCCAUUCAUGAGAGAUCUUAAUGCACUGUCUGCCAUGGUGCUUGACUGAGUAUUUUACAGGAUUUUUACAUCACAACUGAUCUAACUAACUUUGAAUAUCAAUGUGAAGAAAAAUGUUGCUCUGUUAUAUUACUUUGUGAAUAUUUAGAACCUAAUUUUAUUUGUAUAAACAAAGGUAUUUUUUGUGUAUGUUCUGUUGCUAAUAGAUGCCAGUUUUCAGUAAAUUAAAAACUGUUGCUACUACA